UCAAAUAUGGCUACAUAACGUUACAAACUGAGCUAUCCCCCUCCGUCUGAACCUAAAAAUUCCAUCAGUCACAGCUCGAAGUGCAUCGCAACGCGUUCUCCUGUCAUCAACUAUCCCUUCAUUUCAGUUUCCCUUUUCUUUUGUUCUUGCACUGACCAAAGGAGUCCUACGGGAUGUUCCGCGGUGGCGGCGGCGGGGGGGAGGGAACGAAUGGAAAGUGAAAAAGUCAUCGAGUGCAUAUGUUUGAUGUUUUGAGUAGAUCGGUUGGAAUUUACAUUGUUUCUAGGGAAUAGAUCAAUCAUUCCUUUUAGUCGUUAUAAAAUGGCUGAGGCACGCGAUUCACAGGCUGUAUUGCAAGCUAAUGUGAUAAAAACACUUUAUGAGUUGAGUGUUAUUUCAGUGGCCAAGGGAUUCGUCACUUAUAAAAAAUCUCUUGCGUAUUUACCAGACAAUGUGGUCUUCGAUAUUUAUCAUCAGUUGUACAAGGAGAAGAGACUCUGCCUACUGUCACAGGAACUCACGCACAUGGACAUUUUCUCAAGAAUGCUCAAGGUCAGGAAUAGGAGGAUUGACUUACUGCAGAUGUUUCAGUCACUGAUGGAUCACGGCACAAAGAUAGCAAACGACAUAGUGGUAGCAUACAGCAUGUGCUGCCUGGAAGUCUUAAAGAAGCCCUACGCCAAAAAGGAAGUAAUAAACCUAGGCCUUCGUCUGGGAAGUUUCCUGAGCGACAGUGGCUGGUACCUAGACAGUGAGGAAGCCCUAAAUGCUUGCAAGAAUCUCUGCAUAAUGUCCACCUCCCAGGAGUCUGAGACCCCUGAGACCUUGUGUCGCACCCUCGACUGUUGUCACAAGUUGUUGCAUGCUCAGGCAGCGUACUGUGCCUUCAGGGGAGCAGCUGAAACCCACGAAUUGGCUCUGGCAACAGUGAAGAAACUCGAGGCAAUUGGCUAUAAGGACUGCAGUCAUGCUGCACUCUACGCCGAAUUCAGUGUACUAUUUUUUAUCAGGAGUGAGUACGAUCAGGCGUACAGAUGGAGUGUAGCUGCUCUGAGAGAACUCAAACCCACCGUGCCAGCGCGUAUCACUAUUGAUGUUCUCAGACAAGCAGCCAAGUCCUGUGUUGUCAAACGCGAGUUCCAGAAGGCUGGUUUGCUUAUUCGUCAAGCUGUUUAUCUGGCUCGAGAAGUCUUUGACACUCAUCAUCCUAAAUACUGCGAUGUUCUAAUAGAUUAUGGAUUCUAUUUGUUGAAUUAUGAUAGCAUUGUCAACAGUGUCUCUGUUUACAAGACAGCACUAGAAAUAAGGAAAACAAUCUUCGGUAAAAUGAACCUACAUGUCGCAAUAGCACACGAGGACCUUGCAUACGCUUUGUACGUCCAGGACUACAGCUCCGGGAGAUUUACACCUGCGAACGAUCACGCCACCAAAGCCAUCGAGAUAAUGGAGAAAUUGUUACCGAGUGAGCACCUUAUGCUGGCAAGUGCCAAGCGAGUUAAGGCUUUAAUCUUGGAGGAAAUUGCACUUGACAAUGCACCAACGACCGAGGAGGAUUUAUUGGUGAAAUCCGAAGAUCUGCAUUUGUCUGCUCUGCAACUGGCACAAACUGCUUUUGGUGAACGUAAUGUACAGACUGCAAAGCACUAUGGCAAUUUGGGGAGAUUGUACCAGAGUAUGAGGAGAUUUGAUGAAGCUGAAGUGAUGCACUUGAAAGCCAUAAAAAUUAAAGAAGAACUCCUGGGUUCUGAUGAUUACGAAGUAGGUCUGAGCAUUGGUCACCUCGCAUCUCUCUACAAUUUCCACAUGGCGAGAUACAGAGAUGCUGAGCAAUUGUAUUAUCGCAGUAUUGCCAUCAAUUUAAAAUUAUUUGGGAAGAGUUACAGUGGUUUGGAGUACGACUAUCGUGGUCUCCUCCACGUUUACACCGAGAUGAGAGAGUUCGAAAAGAUUCGAGAGUACGAAGCUAUCCUUCAACUGUGGAAAGAGCUCAGAGACCAACACGCCGAGUCCGAGGAUCCCCCAAUCGAUCUCCACAAGCGUCCAGAGCCUAUCCAAAAGGUCAUAGACACAUUUUUCGCGGUGUAGUUGAAAUUACUGUGGAGUAUCAUUGGUUUAACGAUCUGCGGACACCUGGGGAUCACUGUUAUACACAGCUGAGUCGUUGUGAACACAUUCUUCUGAAUAAUUUUUGUAUAUUUUGCUUCGAGAGCUCUGGAAGUUGUUCACGAAUGACAAUUACCGAAUAAUUAUCUCAACAAAAAUUGAAAACAAACUGAUAAAUAGACAAAGUCACAAAGAAUUAUGUCACAAAAUACGAAACACACCUGGAAAUUUAAAUGACUCAAUAGAAUUCCAUAGUGGAUGGAUUUUUUAGUAAAUUUACAGGAAAAUUACUGAUCUUCUCCGCUCAAUUGUGGAAUUAUCUCGGUUCUAGUAACCUUCUUGUAACAAUUUUCUUAGUUUAAGAAAAUUUUCUCCGCUGUUUUCCCAUAGAAUUACUCGUUACUGAGAUAAUUCCAGGAUUAAUACAAAUAUCACCAUUUUGUGCAGCAUUAUCGAAGACAUCAUUGAUUUAACGAUCCCCAGACACCUGGGGAUUAUUGCUAUACACUGCUGUCUUUGUAAGCAGAUUCUCCUGAAUAAUUCUUAUAUAUUUUGCUUUGAGAGCUCCGGAAUCUGUUCACCAAUGACAAUUGUCAAAUAAUUAUCUCAACGAACGUUGAAAACAAACUUACAAAUAGGUCACAAAGAAUUAUGUCAUAAAAUGCGAAACACACCUGAAAAUUCAAAUGACUAGAGAAUUCUGUAAUGGAUUGAUUUUUCAGUGAGUUUAGAGAAAAAUUUCACACCCUUCCACUCCUUUGUGGAAUUAUCUCGGUAAUAGAAACCUCUUUCAUAAAAGACAUCACGUUUUUUUAAAUUCAAAUUUCGAAUAUCAAGGGACCUUUUUAUAAAAAGUUCUCCAGAGCUAAUUAAUCAGCAAAAAUGUCACAAUUUAAUAUGUUUCUUCAUCUUUAUAAUUGUGGAAUUAUCUUAGUAAUAAGUAGCUUAGGGAGAAAAUUUGGCGAAAUCUUUCUUAUGUUUAAAUUAUCUCUAAACAAUUUCCUCUAUAACCACUCCUCACGGAAAUAAUCAUAUAAUUAUCGCAGAUAUCAUGUUUUAUAGGAAAUGUUUCACAAAAUUGCGCAACGAAAAGUCGACAAGACACUAGAAAUUAGUACAUUAUCGGAUUGACUGACAACCAUUCAAUUCUCUAUUACUUUCACUUCAUCUAGCUCCUGUUUGUGAGUUAAUUGCUCUAAAAUAUUUUUUUAGCUCAUUAGGCAAUAGCACAAGAACCCCCAGCCACGAUGUUAAUUAUUUUCUUUUCGUUAUCUAAAAAAUUGUACAGAUUAAUAUCAUUUUUAUGCGUCUUUAAAUACGAUGAAACGACACAAUUUUACUUCACUACAAUUUAUGACUUGGUAGUGCAAAUGAAAAGAUAUCUGAAGGCACAUGAGAUAAGAUAAGCCUCUUUGUUGAGCUAAUAAUUAAGGGAUUAUGAGAGAUUAAAGUUUUCCUGGCUCGAUUUUCUGGAAAAUUCAGUAAUUAAAUUUAUCAUUAUUCCACUAACAACAGAACUGAUAAAUUAUCAUCGUGUAUUCAAUGAUAAAACUCAAUCAAAUAAGAAUAAAAUGAUAAUGACCGAGA